AUGAAGCUUUGCGUGUUUUUGCUAACAUGGGCUCUUUCUCUUCUAGCUUUUUCCUUUGCUUCAGCUGCUACAGUGGAACACACUUUCAAAGUUCAAAACAAGACUAUCAAACGAUUGUGCAAUGCGCAAGUGAUUGUCACAGUUAAUGGACUUUUCCCUGGGCCAAAGAUACAUGUCCGCGAAGGGGACACUGUAAUUGUCCAUCUAUUGAACGAGGGACCCUACAAUAUCACUAUUCAUUGGCAUGGAGUGUUUCAGCUCUUGAGUGCUUGGGCAGAUGGUCCUGAAUAUGUAACUCAAUGCACAAUUAGUCCAAGAAAUAACUAUACCUAUAAAUUCAAUGUGACACGACAAGAGGGAACCUUAUGGUGGCAUGCUCAUGCAUCAGUUUUACGUGCCACAGUUCACGGUGCUUUCAUCAUUCACCCUCGUUCUGGCCAAUUUCCGUUUCCUAAACCCUUCGAGCAAGUUCCUAUUAUACUAGGUGAUUGGUAUAACGGUAAUGUUGUGGACAUUGAGACCCAAGCACUCGCCACCGGUGGUCCUCCAAAAGUAUCUGAUGCCUUCACUAUCAACGGCUUGCCUGGCGAUCUUUUCAAUUGUUCUCAGAAUCAGACAUUCAAGAUGAAGGUGAAGGAGGGAAAAACCUACAUGCUACGAAUGAUCAACGCUGCACUCAAUAACCAUCUAUUCUUCAAGAUAGCAAAUCACAGUUUCACAGUUGUUGCCGUUGAUGCUGCAUACACUGACCACUACAUCACAGACAUCAUCGUUAUCACCCCUGGCCAAACCGUUGAUGUGCUAUUCACCGCAAACCAACCCGCAGGUUCAUACUACAUGGCUGCAUCACCUUACAGCGUCGGUGUGCCUCUUUUCGACAACACGACAACACGUGGCAUUGUCGUUUACGACAGUGCACCAUCAUCAUCAAAUCCUGUGAUGCCAAUUCUACCACCUUUCAACGACACAGCAACGGCUCAUAGAUUCUACAGCAACAUAACUAGCAAGGUGGGGGGCCCACAUUGGGUUCCUGUGCCACGUAAGGUUGAUGAGCACAUGUUCAUUACCGUUGGAUUGAACCUAGAAAGAUGUGAUCCAAAAAAUGCCACCAAUGCCACGUGUCAGGGUCCACUUAAUCAGAGGUUUUCUUCUAGUCUGAACAAUGAGUCCUUUGUGAUCCCUAGGGGUAGAGGAUUAUCCAUGUUGGAAGCAUUCUUUAAGAAUGUGAGAGGAGUGUACACUGCUGAUUUUCCUAAUAACCCUCCAGUUAUGUUUGACUUUACAAAUCCCAAUAUUAGUUUUAAUCCGAACCUUUUAUUUGCACCGAAAUCAACAAAGGCGAAGAAGCUCAAGUUUAAUUCAAAGGUGGAGAUUGUGCUUCAAAAUACAGCAAUUAUUGGUCCACAGAACCAUCCCAUGCACAUUCAUGGUUUUAGUUUUCAUGUUUUGGCACAAGGGUUUGGAAAUUUCAAUGCUACCAUGGAUAUGCCAAAGUUUAAUUUGGUGAAUCCUCAGAUACGCAACACAAUUGGUGUGCCUGUGGGAGGAUGGGCUGUCAUCAGAUUCCAGGCAAACAACCCAGGGGUAUGGUUUGUGCAUUGCCACGUGGAAGAUCAUGUACCAUGGGGACUAGACAUGGCUUUUGAAGUUGAGAAUGGACCAACUCCUUCAACUUCACUCCCUCCACCACCAGUUGAUCUGCCUAAAUGUUAACAAUGCUUCAUUCAGAUGGUACAGCAGUGCCUAUCCGAAAUCAAUGCCCAUUCUUCCACCUUUUUACU